UCAGAACCCCCUCCUGUGAGCUUGUCUUCCCCCGUCCUUUUGAAGUUGGUUCAACUCCCAGAGGGCCUAAUUAUUGUGCCGUAAUACACGUGUGAUAAUAUCCAUGAUCUGUAUAUGCAUUCCUCAAUUAUUGCGCCGUUGCAAUCUCUCUCGUCUCUCUUCCUUGUUUUGAUAUCACAGAGAGCUGCAAUCUCUCUCUCCGCUUCUUUGAGAUCACAAGACACAGUUCUCACCUCUCUCUCUCUCUCUCUCUCUUCAUUUCUUUGAGAUCAGUGACAGUUCUCUUUCUCUUGCUUUGAGAUUAGAGACAGAGUUCUCACCUCUCUCCUCUGGUCGAUCUCAACCUCCCCUUUUCUCUCUCUAAAAUGUAAUCCCGUUCUCACAGCCCGCCUUGAGUUCAUUCUAGGCUGGCUUUUGAUCCCAAUUGCCACUCUCUCUCUCUCUCUCUCUAUAUAUAUCCACACAUAGUCACAUACACACACUGUGAACAUGAUUUCUACAACUCAAAAGAAAGCACUCCACUCAAUUCUUGCAAGCAAGCUCAACAAGCUCACAAUCCCACCCUCCUCCGACGAAGAAUUCCACUUCUCCGAUUUAUUCGGCCCUCCAACAUCUUCAUCACCUUCAUCUUCAUCUUCGCCGUUCCUUGGCGAUCCCCCAAUCAUCCACAACCGUUCUCACUCCUUCGUUGGCCCUUCGCCCCGAUUCGCCGUCUCCAAUUCCCUCCCCGAAAUCGACUCCGAAAGUUCCGACGAAUAUGGGGAUGACGAAGAUAGUGGAAUUGACGCCGUUAGGGUUGUGGAGAAGGGGGAGGAUGGGGUGGAAGUGUGCAGAAUUGGGCCUGGGGAUUUUGAGAUUUUGAGGGUUGUUGGAAAAGGCGCUUUUGGGAAGGUGUUUCAGGUGAGGAAGAAGGAUAGGGAUGGAAUUAGUGGUAUUGGUGGGGACAGUGGUGAUGGGAUUUUUGCAAUGAAAGUGAUGAGGAAAGAUACUAUUAUAAAGAACAAUCAUGUUGAUUACAUGAGGGCUGAGAGGGAUAUUCUCAUCAAACUUGUGCAUCCCUUUAUUGUUCAGCUUCAAUAUUCUUUUCAGACCAAGUCAAAGCUGUAUUUGAUUCUGGAUUUCAUUAAUGGAGGACAUCUCUUCUUUCAUCUAUACCGACAGGGGAUCUUCAGUGAGGAUCAAGCAAGAAUUUAUACUGCCGAGAUAGUAUCUGCUGUUUCACAUCUUCACAAGAACGGGAUUGUGCAUCGGGAUCUUAAACCUGAAAACAUUCUCAUGGAUGCCGAUGGGCAUGUUUUGCUAACUGAUUUUGGCCUCGCAAAGGAAAUUGAUGAAUCGAACAGAUCAAAUUCUAUGUGUGGGACCGCAGAGUACAUGGCUCCAGAAAUCUUACUUUCUAAAGGCCACAAUAAAGAUGCAGAUUGGUGGAGUGUUGGUAUUCUCUUGUAUGAAAUGCUAUCUGGACAGCCGCCAUUCACACAUGCAAAUAGAAAGAAGCUUCAGGAGAAAAUAAUCAAUGAGAAGGUGAAGCUUCCGCCACGCCUAACGAGCGAAGCUCACUCCUUGCUCAAAGGACAGUUGUUGCAAAAGGAACCAUCAAAAAGGUUAGGCAGCGGGUCUAGAGGAGGAGAUGAGAUCAAAAGUCAUAAAUGGUUUCGGCCAAUCAACUGGAAGAAAUUGGAGUCAAGAGAAAUGCAACCGAAGUUCAAGCCAGACGUGACUGGGAAAAAUUGCACGGCCAAUUUUGACAAGUGUUGGACAGCAAUGCCUCUAGAUGACUCACCGGCUCCCACACCAACGGCAGGUGAGCAUUUCGAGGGCUAUACUUAUGUGGCACCUAACCCUUGGCUUUCUAAAUGAAGUGAUGCUAGUGAGCUACCCAAUUAGGGGUCUUAGUCCUUGUAAGUUCAUUUUCUCCAAUAAAUUAUAGAUAGAUAUGACACAUCCACUAUCAUGUAUAAUAUAUUUAUUCUUCCAAUAUUUGUGCAUUUGUGACUCCCUUUUAUUUUAAUUGUUUAUCUGUUUUUACU